AUGACCCAUGCAAUAGAGACCAGGCCGUAUUUUAAUCGGCCUGGUCUCAAGGCUAACCAAUCACAUAAACACAUCCUGAUUCUAAGAGUUGGUGACCACUACCGAGUUUAUUGCGCUCAAACUGGUGACUCCACUGGAACUGGAGAGGGCGGGGAGUCCAUCUAUGGCCACACCUUCAAGGAUAAGUUUCAUUCUCGGCUGAGGUUUAAGCGGCGAGGGCUGGUGGGGAUGGUUAACGCUAGCAAAAACGACAAUAGCAGUCAGUUUUUCUUCACUCUGGGCAGAGCACACAAGCUCACUAACAAACACACUCUCUUUGGCAAGGUGUCUGGUCCCACACAGUACAAUAUACUUUGUCUAAACGAGGUACCCUCGAACAAGGAAGACCAUCCCCUCGACCCUGUGCCCAAGAUUCUCAAGACCGACGACAUUGUUCUGCGAGUAGACCCAAGAAAGCUGAACAAGACGAGGGAGAAGACAAAAACCAGUCAAAAGCAACAAAGUGGUGAGGACGGGUCUUCAAGAAGGAAGCUGAAGCACAAGAGGAAGUCGCACAAGCACAGCUCUGACAGGAAGCACGAGAAGCACCAACACAAAUCGUCCAACAAAUCGUCCAACAAGAAGAAGAAGAAACACUCCUCACAUACACAAUCAUUGACUUUACCGCUCUUCGUAUAG